CACCAAUUAAUGUUGCUGGCUGCUGGUCGACGAUAAAAGGGGUUAAAGGAGGGGUUUCUCUAUUUUCUUUUCCCAUCUUCCGUGGGGCUGUAUGUACCUGGAGGAAGCCGGAAUUUCCGGAUCAUGUUUUGGCGUAGUUCAUGUUUGGUUUUGGGUUCUGCCUGGGGGCGUUUUUCGAUGGGCUGGCUGUCAUGACGGCUUUAAUUUCCUGCAUCUUAUUUUUCUUUUACCCCCAGAUAUCACCACGCGAGGUAGCAUUGACUUCUUAUGACCCAAUGAGACAUAUGAUGAUCCAACAUACAGCAGAUGAAAUUCCAUUAGUAGUGUACAACAUGUUACACCCCAGAAUAUCCUUCCACACAUAUUGGACUAUCACAUUUCUCACUCAACUCCAUUUAGUAGUUCCGUCAACAAACACCAACACACAGGUACCAGUUUCACUACCUUUGCUACCAAACCAAGACUGGUGCCUACUUACCAACCUGCACCCCAUCGAAGACACCAACCAUAGACAGAACUCUCAGACCACCACAUUCGAGCAAUAAAUGUAUAAAAUGUGCACAUGAACAUGGAAAAAUAGAGAUCACAC